GAACGCAGAGGUGAACACUAAAACCCCAGUUAGUAAAGCCACACCUUUACCGAAUCCUGAUCAGACACUAAGCCAGCUCUCUGAAAAGAAGCGAAGAGUUCCAACCACGUUGCUGCCAACUUGGUACAAGGUCUCCACAGCUGCUGUGUGUUCAUGAGUGCAACGGCCAUGUCAUAUCCAGAAGACAGCAUUUCACAGCCCUCCUCUUCAUCCUCCAGCUCUUACAUUCUUUCCACCUCCCCCUUCUUCAGUGUUCCCUGGGCCUUGGACGGGGCGAUGUAGGGAGAGGCUGAUCUGAACCUCACCCCACUUCCAAGCUUACUCGGGGAAUAGCAAUUGAUUCAAGGCUGGGCGUUGUGACUCAGUCCUGACCAGUGAGAACUGGUCCAGAGACUUGCUUUGACCUCAGGGUUGCUCAGACUGCUGGGACAGAAUCCUGGAGGGGCACUGUGGCAAAUGAGAGUUCCAGAGGAGAGAUGGGGAGAGAUGGGCAGCCAUCAGCAAGUCUGAAGUACCUGGAGGCUCACAUGGGCUUCUCCUCAGCAACUGGAGGACUGGACCGUCUUUCCUAUUAGCAACAACAACACUCACAUGCACACAUACACAAUGCACAUACAGAGAUACACACACAUGUACACACAUACAUAUAUACAUACAUACAUUUACACGCCCACAUAUAUAUACACAUACAUUCACACACCCACAUAUAUAUACACACCCACAUACACACCAUACAUAUACACAUAUACAUCAUACACAUAUACAUUCACAGAGACAUACCCACUAUACACAUACGUAUACACAUACACCACAUACACAGAGAUUACAUACAUAUACACAUACACAUACAUAUACACGCUAUACACAUACACAUAUACAUACAUUUACACAUAUACCUACACAUAUACAGUAUACACAUACCCAAUAUACACGUAUAUAUACACAUACCCAAACACACCUAUACUCACAUACUACACAUACAUACACGAAUACACAUACUAUACAUAUACACAAACAUACACUUACACAUACACAGACUACAUUUAUACAUAUACGUACACAUACACAUUGGACACAUACAUCAACACAUACACAUAUUCACUAUCCACCUAUACAUACAUAACCACUGUGUAUACGUACACAUAUACUACACACGUAUACAUACCUACAUAUAUAUACACCACAUGUACAUAUCCACCAUACAUUUACACCACACAGACAUACUACACAGAUACAUAUACAUACACAUACACCACGUACACAUACACAGAAAUAAUACUUUAAGACUCACAAGGAAGUUAUAAGAAUUGCACAAAGGUCACCCAAUGUCUGACAUUUCUCCUGUUGCCCUGCCAUCUGCAUUCUUGUUUCCAAAGCCAUCGAGCAUAGAGUGCGUGCAUUAUCGCGCCCCCCUCUGAAUACUUCAGUCUGUGUUUCCUAAGAUCGGCGAUCGUUUUCAGCGCUGGAGAUUGAUUGAUCUCUUCCCAUCUCACAGAUGUGGAAACAGAGGCGUGGGAAGUCACUCCUCCACGGGCCCCCAGCUCGUUGAUGGUCAGGGGAAUUCAAACCCAAGACCCUGGCGCUGACUCCACACGCCCCGCCCCUGUAACUGUAGAGUGCUCACUCUAAGGCGAUGCUAACCUUCUCUCCUUCCUUCUGUGUUCUUCUUUCCUCUUGAAGCUCUUUCCCUUCGGUAUUGACCUUCUGAGUGACCUCGCUCUGCUCCGCUCUGCUCUACCUUCCUCCUCGGCACUGGAUCCUCAGCUGUCACCUACUCUUUCAAACACGUGGAGAGGUCUCCUGGGCAUGAUCUUCUAGCACCCGCCAUGCCACCCUGGGGUGCCCCCGAGGCCGUGUCCAGGCCCCUUCUCCCUGCUCUGCACUGCGUGCUCUAGAAGGACACACAUUUGGCUGUGGCCAUGUGAAGUGUUUGAAUAGAAUGGUGCUGCGGUCUUUACGUUAUAGUCUGUGUGUGAGCAUUCAGGGCUGGCCGAGCCAGGGACCUUUGAUCUUGUUCUUCCGUAGGGUGCUGAGGAGCAUUCACCCCGGUUCAGCUCACAAUCUGAACCAACAGAAGUGGGGUGUAGGAAAGGAAGGUCCUUUUCUUUGGUCCUUCUAAAAGCAAAUACGGGGCCAGCGAGAUAGCUCAGUGGGCAAGGGGUGCCCACUCUUAUCAGUGAGCCAUCUCUCCAGCCCCUGAGUCUUAAACAGUGUAAAAAGCUUUUGCUUAUGUCAUAGCUUUCCAAUAUCCCAUUAACCAAACCUGGGUCCAGAAUGGGAAGACAGUGCCUGGUCACACACUCCUAGCUUCAUUUCCAUUGCUGCAAUAAAAUACCAUGGCAGAGCGCAACUGAAGGGGGGAGUUAUUUGGCCUGUAGUUCCAGGUCCUAGUCCAUUCCUUACUGUGGAGAAGUCAAGGCAGGGACUAGAAGCAUCCCAUCCACAAUCAAGAGCAGAGAAAGGAACGCACCCACGCUGCCUGCUUGCUUAGCACCCAGCUAGAUUUCUCUACUCUUAUACUGUCCAGAGCUGAGACCAUGAAAUCAUGCAGCCACAUUCAGGGUGGGUCUUUCCGUCUUAAGGAACUCAAUUAAGAUAACCCUUCCCCCAAGAGACCUACUUGAUCUAGACAAUUCCUGACUGAGACUCUCUCUGUCCGGGUGAUUCUGUGUUGUGUCAAGUUAAUAAUUGAAGCAAAUGAUCACGCUGAGGGACAAAGAACAGGUCAGCAGUCAAGGCCACUUCCUGCUCUUGCGGAGGACCUGAACUUGGUUCCCAGCACCUACAUUAGGCAGCUCACAGUGACCUGGGACUCCAGUUCGGGAGGAUCUGGCAUCCUCUUCUGGCCUUCACAAGCACCUGCACACAUGUGACAUAAACCACACACACACAUAUACACAUUAAACACACACGCACACAAAUACACACACAAAUAGUAUGGACCUAGCGCGAAGUAAGAAGGUACCAGGGCCAUCUUCGCAGUCUGCAACGGUGUAGAAUUUUGAAUACAGCUCAAACGCCCACCUCUUUGCAUCUCCUCUCCUGGGCCAAGGGGAAGACGAGGCCUCGUAUGAGCGGUAGUGGGACUUUGGUGUUAUAGGAACCAGUGAUCUUCAAAGAUGUAGCUGUGUACUUCAGCCAGAAAGAGUGGCAGCUACUGGAGCCUGCUCAGAAGGACCUGUACAAGGAUGUGAUGCUGGAGAACUACGGGAACCUGAUCUCUGUGGAAUAUUAUAUUUUCAAGCCAAGGCUGAUCACCAGAUUAGAACAGGGCGUUGACCUUUUUGCCAAAGAGAAUGAUGUUCCUGGAGAAUGCCAGCAAGGUGAGGCAGGAGUCAGCCGGAGCGACACCUCUGCAGGAAAGAAGACAGGGAAUAAUUCGAAGACAGAAAUCCCAAAGCCAGACAAUUCUAAGACAACGUCUCGGGAGAAGCAGAAGAAAGCAGAUCAAGGGGGUGGUUCCAAGAGUUUGAGUGCAGAAAAGCCUUCCAAAAGCGAUGUCAGGCCAUCUCAGAGAAAGGAGAAGUGUGGCCCAACUUCGACAAGAGAAGCAGGCAAAGCAAUUAUUCCCGGCACUAAGGAGCAUGGGUCUGUGACCCCAGGAACAUCUUCGAGUAAAGAGUCAGCAGCUACAGCACCACGGAGCACCCCUCCUGAAAAGUCGACUUUGGGGAAAGACUCUCAUGAAAAAACACAGUAUGGCAGCAACUCCACCAAGCCCAAGCGUAAGCCUGCCCGACAAGGUAAGAACCACUUUAAAUGUAAGGAAUGUGGGAAAACCUUCAACCAGACCCUCCACCUCGUGGAGCACGAGAGAAUUCACACAGGAGAGAAACCCCACAAGUGCGACACUUGCGGGAAAUCUUUCAGGCACCUCUCGUACUUCCUUACACACUACCGAAUUCACACGGGGGUGAGACCCUACAAGUGUAAGGAGUGUGGCAAAGCCUUCAACAGCAGCUCCACUCUCAACAAUCACUGCAGGAUCCACUCGGGGGAGAAACCCUUCAAAUGUGACGAGUGUGGGAAAACCUUCAAGCAGAGCACGAAGCUCACUCGCCACCAACGGAUCCACACGGGGGAGAGACCCUACAAGUGCGGAGAGUGUGACAAAUGCUUCGGCCGCAGCUCGUCGCUGAGGGAGCACAAGAGGAUCCACACCGGAGAGAAGCCAUACCGCUGCCAGGUAUGUGGGAAAUCCUUCAGGGUCAACUCCCAUCUUUCGGAGCACCAGCGGCUCCACCUGAAGGUAAAGCCCUACAGGUGUGACAAGUGCGGGCGGCACUUCCGAAACAGCACUUACUUAGCAGAGCACAAGCAGAGCCACGUGCCCGGGGCCCGAGUGGACUGCUCGGAAUGCGGGAAAGUCUUCGAUUGCAAAGUAGCCCUUCUCAAGCACCAGAAAAGACACGAGGCAAACUCCAGGUAUCGGUGCAAGGGAUGUGGGAAAACGUUUAGGUGCAAAUCAAGCAUCCAGAGGCAUGAGAGGCUGCAUGCUGGGGAGAAGCCUUUCGUGUGCACCAAGUGUGACAAAGGUUUCACUGACAAAACUACGUUGAACAAUCACUUGAAGAUCCACUCUGGAGACAGGCCAGAUCCGUGUGCCCAGUGUGGGAGAACCUUUAAGAAACUGGCCACCCUGCUGCUCCACCAGAAAAAGCAUGUGAAAAAGAAACCUGCCGACAAUGUAUAAAAGACUUUCUUUAGCCAGAACUCACCUCUUGGGGUCUUUGGAACUAAGUCGAAAUGAGAGAAACUAUAUAAGUGACCAGUUUCUUCAUUUCUUAGUAGCUGUUUACUUAAGCCAGUAGUUGUCCACAGAAGACUGGUUUCAACCCUUCCCCUACUCGGAGCAUUUGUGCAAUAUAAAUAGACAUUUUUUUUGUUAUUAUUAUUCCAGCAUUAGGUGCCGCUAUCAACUGGCAUCUAUGGAUAGAGGCAAAGGGUGAUAUCAAAUAUUCUACAAUGUAACAAACAGACUCCCUUGCCUUCCAAUAACUAAGAAUGAUUUUCUUCUCUCAAGCAAAAGCCAUAUGGGCAUUUGGAUUUGAGAAGGAGUUCAGGUAGAGUUUCCUCUGUCAGCCACUACAGUAACCACUAACUAGGCAUGGCUGUUUAAAUGCCAAGGAACCAACAUGUAAUAAACAUUCAAAGGCAGUCUCUUGGCUGCAUCAUCAACAUUUCAAGGCCUCAGUGGGCAGUUGGUUUCUCUGGUCAUUGAUAUCACGGACAACUAACAUUUUCAACACCAUGGAAGACUCUAUUCGGAGCUCAUUUAUAUCUUAGUGAUCAAUAAUUAUCUCGUGGGAUAGACCUGAGAAACUAGGACACAACUUUGUGAUGUUGAGUUUGUGCUUUUGAUAGCAGAAUGUAGCAUUUUCUAAGUGUCGUGAAUGUGUCGGAGCCUGCGAUGUUUGGAGCACUUUCAGAUCUCCGAUUGGCCAGUGCCCCACCCACAGGACUCCUACCUCUGUGUGUGCAGUGGGUUACUAAUAACGUCACUGAUAACUGUGAGCAUUCCCUGAUCACUAUCUACCUAUCGAGUGUGGUGCUGAACUCCAUGUGAAUUAGCAGAUCUAAUUCUCAUUAGAGUCCUAUGAGAGAAGAACUCCUAGGUACCUAGUUUCCUGUUGAGAAAACCAAGACUUUUCCUUAAGAGUAUCCUUCUUCUUCUCCACCCUUCUCCUCUCAGAGGACUCCUACCUCCAUUGUGCCUCAGGCAGAAUGAUCAGUAGGUUACUAACAGUAUUACUGAUACAGUAGAGUGUUCAUUGAUGUCCUUCUACCUAUCAAAUAUGGUGCUGAGAUAUUUACGUGAACUAUAUCACUUAAUCAACCCUAUCAUAUGAAAGAAGAAGCAUUAUGUACUUAUUUUAUUUUUUAUUCCCUUGUGUUUUUUGAGGCAGAGUCUCACUGUGUAGCCUAGACGAGCCUCAAACUUGUGACAGUCGUCCUGCCUCGGUCUUUCCAGGGCUGGGACGACAGGUGUGAGCUGCCACACCCUGCUGAGCUGCUUGGUAAUGAUGUAUUAUUUCCAAUUUUGCACUUAUAGCAAGACUGCAUUGCUAAUUUUAUAUUGCACUCUUUCAAAUAGAUAAGAUAUAUUAUAUAUUUGCAUAAAUGUGUCUUUAAAGCUUGUGUGUGUGAGUGUGAUGUGUGUGUGUGUGUGUGUGUGCUUACGUUUCUGUGUUAACAGCUCCUGAUAGCAGAAAGCAGGAGCUGGGACAGAGGUCAGUAAAUCCUGGAGUGUACAGAUAUAGGUGGAUCUAGCCACAGCUACUUGGAAGGUUUUGGUACAUGCCACACAGACUGAUUUAUGAAUUUUCUGUCCAAUGGUUAUUUGGAGGCACACAAGAUGGUGUCGAGUUAGGGAACAGAGACCCAACAUCUCAUUGGCUGCAGAUAUUUUCUCUGUGACCUUUGAUGGAAAGCAUUGGCUGGCCACCUCUUGAUGAUGGAUGAGCUGGAAUGGAUGGAGACUCCUUCCUCCAGUGUGCCUAGGGCAGAAUGCUUAAUAACAUCACUGAUAACUAUGAGCCUCUAUUGCUCACACUCUACUUACCAAGUGUGGUGCUGAACUCUGUGUGGGGGUUAGCAGACCUAAUCCUCACCAGAGUCCUAAAGAUCUGUUACGUACCUAGUUUUCUGUUGAGAAAACCAAGACUUUUCCUUAAGAGUAUCUAUCUCUUCUCUCUUCUCCUUUCUUUCUUUUUUUUUUAGUUACAGGACUCCUACCUCCAUUGUGCCUCAGGCAGAAUGAUCAGUAGGUUACUAACAUUAUUACUAAUACAAUUGAGUGUUUAUUGAUGUCCUUCUACCUAUCAAAUAUGGUGCUGAGAUCUUUACAUGAACUAUAUCAAUUAAUCAACCCUACCAGUCAUAUGAAAUAAGAAGCAUUAUGUACCUUAUUUUGUUUUUUUAUUCCCUUGUGUUUUUUGAGGCAGAGUCUCACUGUGUAGCCUAGACGAGCCUCAAACUUGUGACAGUCGUCCUGCCUCGGUCUUUCCAGGGCUGGGACGACAGGUGUGAGCUGCCACACCCUGCUGAGCUGCUUGGUAAUGAUGUAUUAUUUCCAAUUUUGCACUUAUAGCAAGACUGCAUUGCUAAUUUUAUAUUGCACUCUUUCAAAUAGAUAAGAUUUAUUACAUGUUUGCAUAAAAUGCGUGUUAAAAUUUUGUAUAUUAUGUGUGUGUAUGUGUGCGCGCACGCAUGUGAGCACACACUGCAUUUCUGUGUAGAUAGCUUCUGAGGGCAGAAAGCAGGAGCUGAGACAGAGGUUAGUACAUCACGGAGUGUACAGACCUAGGUGGAUCCAGUCACAGCCUGCUGGAAGAGGAGUUUUAGUACAUACCACAUAGACUUGUUUAUGAAUUGUCUAUCGAUCCAAUGGCUGCUUUGCGGCUUACAAAGACAGCAUCAAGUUAUUAGAACAGAGACUCAGCAUCUCAGUGAAGCUGAAAAGACUCUAUAGCCUAUGGAGAGUUGGCUAGCCAGCUCUGAAUGGCUGACAAACUGGUGAGAAUUAGGGAGAAAGUGAUUCGGACAAAGAGAAGGCCAACUCUGUGGCAGCCCCGCUGGAAGUCUUCUGCCACAUUUCCCAGUGUUGAAGAUCUGCGGCAUUGCAAUCCAGUACAGAUUACCUGUGUGUGUUUGUGUGCACAUGGCCACAUGUCUCUGCAUAUUAGAAGACAAAUUUUGGAGCUGUGGAGAUGGUUCAGUUGUUAAAAGCCCUUGACACAAAAAUGUGAAGAACCAAGUUCAAGUCCCCAGAAUCCAUGUAAAUGCCAGGUGGGGGGAUGGCAGCCCUCCUGCACUUCUGGGCUCAGAAGGUAGAGAUGGACUCUCCAGAGCAAGCUAGCUAGAGAGACUAGCCACAUUGGAGAGCUCUGGGUUUGAUUGUGAGAAUCUUGUUUCAAUGAACACGGUGGACGAGUGAUGGAGGUCAAUUGCUGACAUCAACUGUGGACCUCCAUUUGCAUCCUCCCACACAUAUGUGUACAUAAACAUGUAGAAAUAUAUGCACAUAUGUGCACAUAACACAUGUGCUUGAAAAAUGAACCAAAAAGACAAGUUCCACGACUUACCAGCUUGAAAUGUAGGUCCUAACAGCUCUCACUCUGAAGUGUCAGAGACAACACUCUCAACUGAUUUUGUUCAGAUUGAAGAACCUCAUCACCCACAGUUUGCAAAGCUCUGGUGGGUAACAGGACAGCAAGUUAUGUGACCAGAAUCUUCAUCUGCCUCCCUUACCAGACCUUGAGCAAUGCUUGAACGACUUAUCUAUCCAAAGACAUAUGGUGGUUCGCCCCAUGAUACCAACCAAACUUGUGACCUUCCAUGUGCUCCAGAUGCCACCAAUGGAGCUGGGAGCAAGGGUUUAGUAAUGAACCCAGGCUCAGUGGAUUGUCUUCAUAUUUCAUUCCGAACAUUUUAUUUCCACGCUUUGCUCUAAGAGGGCAGGAGGGGGCACAGAUAUCUUACAGUAAGAGUAAAAAAGCCGCAGAUAAAGAAAUCCCAGGACUCUGGUUGGAGCUCUUUGGUGAUGUGGCUGCCUAACUCUUGGGAAGAUCACAGGAGUGGGACUAAGAUGUGUUUUGUGUAGAGUAGACUACAUGCAGCCAGUUAUUUUUACACAGAUUGUUUAUUACUGAAACAUUUAUUGUAUAUGGACUUGGCUAUGUAAGAGAAAAAGGAGACUUUAUAUUUUCUGUGAUCCUUUUGGUUUGCGAACAAGAAGCCAGCUCACACUAGCUGAGAUGAAGACCAAAGUAACCAAAAGAAACUGGACAUGCGUACUUGGGAGGGCUCCUUGCAUGAAGGGUUCAUGAUGGCUGGGAACCUUGACAGGAAUCAGGAACUCGAUCCAUGCAAGACAUCUCUUGACUCUGGAGCUCUGGGUAUUUCCUUACAUAGUCCUUCUUUCAGUAGACCCAAGCAUUCUCCAUGUUAGGAAGAUUUGGCUUCCAGCUAUGCAGGUGCUUUUCAAACUUAGAGGAAAGAGAGUUCCUCUCACCCAGAAGAAGAUCCCAGCAAGGCUUGUUGCAAUUGGGAACCAGUCUGACAACUGGUUGGUCCCUCCUCAUCCUUGAGCAAAUGCAAUAAUAACAUAGCACUUUUGUUAAUUUUUUUGAAGAUGGUCUCUAUAGGGGGAUGCUGGAGAGACAGGACCCAUCUCUCUGAAGUAGAAUGGACAGUGAUGGCGCAGCUGGAGAAGAACUGAUUGAAGCGUUGCCGGCAGUAACAACCGAAACACCCUCGAGCUCAAAGCAGGUUGGGUUUUUGUUGUUCUGUUUUUCAUAAUAAAAUUAUUAUAUUCAUAGACUGGCAAGAUGACUAAGCCAGUAAAGGUGCUUAUUACUAAACCUGACGACGUGAGUUCAAUCUCAGGGCCCCACACGAUGGGAGGAGAGAACAAACUCUGGCAAGCGGUUCUCCAACCUCCACAUGGGUACCCUGGCUAGAACACGAGCACAUGCAUAUACACACAAUAAAUAAAUGUAACAAGCAUGUAUUUUUUGAUUCGUAAUGCAUCUAUGACUAGUAUUCAAAGUUUAGUCAGAAGGUAUAUAUGAAGGUUUGUUUUGACAUAGCAACAAAAAUGUAUACAUAGCAAAUGUUCAGCAAUGAAACAUGUUACACAGUUUUCUCCUUCCCUUCCUCUCUCCUUCCUUCCUUUCUUCCU